AUGAAAGAAAGGAACCAGAGAAAGCAAAUUCUGGAACUUACUUCUAUUGCUGGAAACAUGCUAAAUGAUUCUGAAGCCAUCAAAGAGGAGAUUGUGGCUUUCUACAAGUCAUUGAUGGGGUCCGCUGCUGAUUCACUUCCUGCUAUAGAUAAACUGGUGAUGCAAAAAGGUCCAAACCUUACACAACAACAAAUAAUUUCCCUAUGUAAAGAUGUGACUGAAGAAGAGAUCUAUGAAGGGCUAUGCUCUAUUGGAGAAGAUAAGACUCAUGGUGUUGAUGGUUCCAAGAUCCUUGCAUCAAGAAUGCAAGGAGUCAUUACCAUAGUUAUCAGUGAAGCUCAGGCAGGGUUUGCACCUGUGAGGAAGAUUGUUGAUAAUAUAAUCUUAGCACAUGAGUUGGUGAAGGCAUAUUCUAGAAAGAAAAUCCCUCCUCGAUGCAUGAUCAAGAUUGAUUUGCAAAAAGCUUAUAACUCUGUGGAAUGA